AUGGACCAGAAGAAGAUUGAGGCGGUCACAUCAUGGCCUCAACCCAAGACGGUCAAACAGGUCCAGGCUUUUCUAGGGUUUGUCAAUUACCUCAGACGUUUCAUCCCAAAUUUCAGCACGGUUGCAUGCCCUCUCCACAACCUCACCAGAAAGGAGACCCCCUGGUCAUGGGGUAAAACAGAAGAGGAUGCAUUCCAGGAAUUGAAGACUCUUGUCACCAAAUCCCCGGUUCUCAUUCAUUCCAACCCAGAACUACCCUACUACCUAGAGACAGACGCAUCAGGGGUAGCCAUGGGAGCCAUAUUGAGUCAACAAGGAGAGGACAACUGGCUUCAUCCAAUUGCAUACAUGUUGAAGUCCUUCUCUGGUGCUGAGGCUAACUAUGAUACGCAUGACAAGGAACUCCUAGCCAUCAUCAAGGCCCUGGAGGAAUGGCGUAUCUUCCUAGAAGCAACGGAUAGACCCAUACAGGUGUUCACGGAUCAUCAAAACUUGGAAUAUUGGAUGCAGGCCAGAACAUUCAAUUGCAGGCAUGCCCAAUGGCGCAUAUUCUUGAGCAAUUUCAACUUUGAGAUCCACUAUUGCCCAGGAAAGCAAUUGGGAAAGCCAGAUGCACUAUCCAGAAGGGCAGAUUACGUAGACACGUUACCAGAACCAGAGGUCAUGUUACCAGCAGAAGUCUUUGCCAAUACCUCAGAGGAAGAAGUUGAAAUUGUCACAGAGAUUUGCUCCAAGCUCAGGGAAGAUCCAUUGCUAGAACCCAUCAUUCAAUUUCUCACAGAGGACACGGACAAUGCACCCCCCUCCAUUUGGAAAGCUUACAGGGACUAUGAUUGGGAAGAGGACCUCCUAUGGUAUCAAGGGAAGCUAGUUGUCCCAGACUCAGAGAUCCUGAAAGAACGUCUCCUGAAGGAAUUCCAUGACUCCCCACUGGCAGGCUGUCAUAAACAGAGGAAAAUAGAACUAGCCAGAAUUGAACCAGCUUGA